AUGGUGUUAACCUCUAUUAGUAGGCCUGAUGAGUUGGUAUGGAAACAUGAGAAGAAUGGUCAGUUUAGUGUCAGGAGUGCAUAUAGACUGUUCCUGACUGAUGCUGCAAGUAAUCAAGAAGGAGAGGUAUCAUCUCGAGAAGACCAAACAACAAUGUGGAGGAAAAUAUGGAAAAUGCAGGUUCCUACUCGAGUGAAAAUAUUUGUAUGGAGGGUGUGUAAAGAGGGUUUACCUUCUUUGAAGAAUUUGCUAUUUAAAAAGGUGGUAACAGAUGUAAUGUGUCCAUGGUGUAGACAGGAAGAAGAAGAUACAAAUCAUGCUUUGCUUAAUUGUGUGACCUUCAAAGAUGCAUUGUUGGAUAAGUUAAGUUUUCUGCAGAAUGUUUCAGGCUUAUUCGAUUUUGUCCAGAUUAUACUUCAGCUGGCAUUAAGUAACAAGGUAAGGGAGAUGGAACAAAUGGUUCUCUACACAUGGGGGUUAUGGCACAGAAGGAAUAAACUACUUUUUGAGCAGCAAAGAUUGUCUCCUCAGCAAGUUAUGGAUCAUGCUUUUUCACUUCAGCAAGAACAGAAAUUAGCUAUAGCAGAGCAGAGAAAGGGAUUCAAGCCUGUGUGCAAUUGGACUCCUCCACAGGCAAGGGCCUUCAAACUUAACACUAAUGGUGCUAUCUUUUAG